AUGUCAAAACUCGCGGAGCUACCACGUCGAUUGGUCGAUAGCAUCCGGCCUUUGCUUUCAUGGGUCCGUCGAGUUUCAGAUGUUCCCCCGGUUUGUGCCAAUGCGCCAAGGAAAAGGUGCAAGGAGGCGAUAUCCAAUGCGCUUACCCGAUUUCAGACUCUCAUCCAUCAUCUCUUGGUUUUUACGGGUACGGAUCUUGUCUACUAUCUCCUCGGCACGCUCUGCUCCAUCUCUGUAGCAACGGCGAAAAUACUUGGACCCAUGGACAGGAUGUCCAAACAAGGAGGUGGAAAACUGAAUGAGACCAACGCCCCGGACCCAAACGAUAUGCCCGUUUUUAUGAAGUCCCCUGGAGAGAUGUUUGCCUACUUGUCGGAGUCGGGCUUUCUCUUUUCCGAAACAUAUUCAUGGAAUAACACCGGCUUUUCAUCAUGA